AUGCAUACAAGGUUCAAGUCAGAUGGGAGUUCGCUCAUUGAAAAAGAACUGAACACUACACAUACUCAAGUCACUUUCUUCUUUCUCACUGGUGUGCCAGGCUUAGAAGAUAUCCAAAUUUGGAUCUCCAUCCCCUUCAGCUUCAUGUACCUCUUGGCUGUGUUAGGCAAUGUGUUGGUCGUGGCAGUGGUGGUCUUGGACCACAGCCUCCACGAACCCAUGUAUCUCUUCCUGGCCAUGUUGGCAUUCAACGAUGUUCUCCUCUGUACUGUCACAGUGCCCCAAAUGCUGCUCAUUUUCUGGCAGGGUCCCUUGGCAGUUGCCCUCCCUGCCUGCCUCACACAAAUGUUUUUUGUCCAUGCUCUGUUCCUGUCUGAAUCUGCAGUCUUACUGGCCAUGGCUUUUGACCGCUAUGUGGCUAUCUGCACACCACUGCAUUAUACAACCCUGCUUACAGGCCCUCUCCUUCUCAAGGUUGGGCUGGCCCUGGGAGCUCGGAGUGUGGCUGUUGUCACUCCUGGGGUUCUCCUUAUUCUCCGCCUAGACUUCUGCCGGGGCACCAUUAUCCUCCACACGUACUGUGAGAACAUGGGCAUCGCCAAGUUGGCCUGCAACAGCAUUACCUUAAAUAGCAUUUACGGGCUCUCGGCGGCUCUCCUCACCACAGGGCUGGACUUUGUCUUCAUUUCCUUGUCCUACUGGCUAAUCUUGAAAACUGUCCUACAACUGCCAUCCAGGGAAGCCAGGACAAAAGCCUUUGGCACCUGCGGAGCUCACAUUUGUGUUAUUUUGGUAUUCUACACACUGGCCUUUUUCUCUUUCUUUACUCAUCGCUUUGGACACCAUGUGCCUAGCCACACCCUCAUACUCCUGGCAAAUCUGUAUCUACUGAUACCCCCAACCAUGAACCCCAUUGUUUAUGGAAUAAAGACCAAAGAGAUAAGGAUUCGAGUAGUAGGGCUUUGUUUCCGAUCAGAAUGA